GCCAUGGGGCCACCGCUUGGGGCCCGGGUCUUCUGCUGCGGUGGCUGCGCCUUUCCCCGAUUGUUGGCGUGGAGCUUCCUGCUGGCUCUGAGUCCGCAUGCCCCCGGCUCCCGGGGAGCCGAAGCCGUGUGGACCGCGUACCUAAAUGUGUCCUGGCGUGUUCCGCACACGGGAGUGAACCGCACAGUGUGGGAGCUGAGCGAGGAGGGCGUGUACGGCCAGGAUUCCCCGCUUGAGCCUGUGGCUGGGGUCCUGGUACCGCCCGACGGGCCGGGGGCGCUCAAUGCCUGUAACCCUCACACGAAUUUCACGGUGCCCACGGUCUCGGGGGACUGGGGAAACACCGUGCAAGUCUCUUGGUUGGCCCUCAUCCAGCGCGGAGGGGGCUGCACCUUCGCAGACAAGAUCCAUCUGGCCUACGAGAGAGGGGCGUCUGGAGCCGUCAUCUUUAACUUCCCGGGGACCCGCAAUGAGGUCAUCCCCAUGUCUCACCCGGGUGCAGGAGACAUUGUUGCAAUCAUGAUUGGCAAUCUGAAAGGCACAAAAAUUCUACAAUCAAUUCAAAGAGGCAUACAAGUAACAAUGGUCAUAGAAGUAGGGAAAAAACAUGGCCCUUGGGUCAAUCACUAUUCAAUUUUCCUCGUUUCCGUAUCCUUUUUUAUUAUUACGGCAGCAACUGUGGGCUAUUUUAUCUUUUAUUCUGCUCGAAGAUUACGGAAUGCAAGAGCUCAAAACAGAAAGCAG